AUGGCUUUUUUCUUCAAAUCGAAGAAGGCCCAGCAGGGGAAUGCAGGGAACGCACUUCCCCCAGUCACAAGAAACGUUCAUACCUCGGAAGGUGCUCCCUCUUCGGCAUCACCUACUAUGUCAAAUGGUGCCAAAGGAGAUCCCACAACUUCCCAAACCCCAACCCCAAGUGGUAGCUUCAGCAACUCUCUCAACACAGCAACAAGUCCCACGAGCUCGGAUGCAGUACGACAACGGCAGAGAGCCGAAUCAGAAUCCCGGGCACGACCGCAGGGCCCACCCAAUGGCCUCCCGCCCCCGAGUCCGAACUCGUCCCUCUACCCAUGGUCUCAACGCCGUUUGAACUUUUCUUCUCCGGAAACGAACCCAUUCCCUCGCUAUGGCGCAGCAAUCAAUUCAGUGGCCUCGAAGGAGGGAGACAUCUAUAUGAUGGGUGGUCUUAUCGAUGGAUCCACCGUGAAGGGCGACUUGUGGAUGAUUGAGAGCAGCGGUGGUGGCUUGAGUUGUCUUCAGGUUGCGACGGUAUCUGAAGGCCCCGGCCCAAGAGUGGGUCAUGCGAGCUUGCUCGUCGGUAAUGCAUUUAUCGUGUUCGGCGGUGACACCAAAAUCAACGAAAAUGAUUCUCUAGACGACACAUUGUAUCUUCUGAAUACCUCUUCCCGCCAAUGGUCUCGCGCCAUUCCUCCCGGUUCUCGACCUUCUGGUCGCUAUGGUCACACUUUGAAUAUUUUGGGCUCUAAACUUUACGUAUUUGGAGGACAGGUGGAGGGCUUCUUUUUCAACGAUUUAAUUGCAUUCGACUUGAACCAGCUCCAAAACCCCGCGAACAAAUGGGAGGUACUUAUUGCGAACACUCACGAGGGUGGGCCUCCGCAAGGUCAAAUUCCUCCAGCGAGAACGAACCACACAAUUGUUAGCUUCAACGAAAAGUUGUUUUUGUUUGGUGGAACGAACGGAGUGCAAUGGUUCAAUGAUGUCUGGUCCUAUGACCACAUCGCCAAUAGUUGGACCGAGAUUGAUUGUGUUGGAUUCAUUCCUACGCCUAGGGAGGGCCAUGCCUCCGCCUUGGUAAACGACGUGAUGUAUGUGUUCGGAGGUCGCACUGAUGAAGGUGUUGACCUCGGUGAUCUUUCUGCAUUCCGCAUCUCGACUCGACGCUGGUACUCCUUCCAAAACAUGGGCCCUGCCCCUUCUCCUCGAUCCGGUCACAGCAUGACUGCCUUUGGGAAACAGAUCAUUGUCAUGGCCGGUGAGCCUAGCUCAGCCCCGCGGGAUCCCGCCGAACUCAGCAUGUCGUACAUCCUGGAUACGAGCAAGAUUCGGUACCCCAACGAUUCGCAAACCGGUGCACGCGUCCCCGAAGCAAGCGGUAGGAAGACAAGUGUCGACAGGCAAGGACCUUCGUCUGGAAGGACGUCCCGUGAGGCGCAAAACCCAGGCCCCGAGCAACAAGUACGACGGGGACCAUCACGCGAGAGCAUGUCACCCGCCGCCGGUGUCGGAAGGCCGAUGGAGUUCGGCUCUAAUCCAAACUUAGGGCCAGGAUCUAGACUUCCGCGGGCUUCAAUUGCCCAAGCACCGUCCGGCCCACCACCUCCUGGGCAAGCUCCUUCCCCGGGACCCAGGAGCAACGGUCCUCAGCCAGGUCCUCAACAAUCUGGCCCCCAGCCUGUCAGCAACCCUCGCAGCAAGACCCCAACUAAAAAUGAUCGCGGGUACACCCCAACAGUUGAUGUUCGCGUGGCAAAUGGCGAGCGCGGCGCAGAAUCCCCAGUCGCCAAGGAAGUCGUACAAGAAUCCCAAGGGCCCCCAUCCGCUGGACGCCGAACCCCUACGCAACAUCAGAAGCCAUCGGCCAAGGCUAUGGAGGCAGGUGAGGCUGCUCCUUUGAUUACUACCCCUAGCCGCCAGCGUUCACUUCGCUCUCAACGGCAGCGCGGCUCCGUCGAUAGCGGAGAAGAGUCUAUUUUGGGCCGGCAAGCCAGCGUCGAGGGUUCCAUUGAAUCUCGAACUUACCGUAACUCGAAGACCCUUGGUGAAGAGCCCAGGUCUCCCCGGUUAACACCUCACCAAGAAGCCUUGAUCAAGGAAUUGGAAGCUACGAAGGCUCGAAACGCGUGGUAUGCGUCCGAACUCGCCCUCGCAAAGAAGGGGGGCUAUGUCCCCAACCCCACAAGUAGCCCUGCCUUGGACGAUCGGACAAAUGACGCGCUGAAUGACGAAGAUCGGCCGUUGCUCGAAGCAUUUUUGGCCAUGAGAGCAGACCUGACCAAGAUGCAAGCCACCGUGGACCGACAGGCAGCUAUUGCAUCUAAGCGGGUUGCAGAAGUAGAGCAUCAGCGUGAUAUGGCUCUCAAUGAAGCCGCCUAUUCGCGUGCUAAGCUUGCUGCCCAUGGUGGCAGCCAGCGAGGCACGCCUCAGCCUGACGCUUCUCAGGACCUGGACGACGGGUCUUCGGAGCGGCCUACUGACAUGGGCCGUCGCCUUGCACUUGCUCUCGCCGCUCAGUCUGAGUUGAAGAGCAAGUUGGAACUUCAGACGACUGAGCUUCUGCAAGAGCGCCAAGCAAAAGAAUUGGCCGAAGAGACAAAUGAGGCUACCCGCAAGCACCUGGCAGAACUCGAGAUGCAAAGUAACCCUCUCGAAGCUGAGAAUUUGCGUGCGGAGCUUCACACCGCGGAGGCUCUGUCCAGAGAAGAGGCAUUGCUGCGCGCGGAAGCCGAGGCUUCCCUUCAGCAACUAGCCUUGGACAAGGAGGAGUUGUUGGCACAGAUUGAGGAUUCCUCGUCUCGUCUAAAGGAAUUUGGUUCCAUCUUUGGUGGCCUCAAGGAAGCCGUUUCCGCCUCAGCUGCAAAGACAGCCCUCGUCGAAAAACAGUUCUUUGAAGAGCGCGAGCGCCGGGAGGGACUAGAGAAGAAGUUGUUGAGCCUUCGUUCUGAGCAUGAAGAACGUAUCUCGGAAGUGGAGAACCUCACACGUCGUCUGCGAGAAUUGGAGGAGCUGGCUGAGAGCCAUGCUAAAGAAGCUGAAACCCACAAGCUGGCUUUCGUCUCCGGACUGGAGCGCGCAUCUUCCACGGAUCUGGACAACUCGAUUCGGUCUCGUGCUGAUCAAAGAGUCGCUGCCUUGGAGGCUCAAAUCGAACGGUCUGCCACUCUGGCGAAGGCUAACCAGGCAGCCGCAAACUCGGCUGCCGAUAAGCUUCGCCGGGCGGAAGAACGGAUCGCCGGCCUUGAAGCAUACCAAGAGCAGGCCAGCCGCGAGGGCUUGCAACUCCGCAGGCAGCUUCAAACCGCUAUGAAAGAAAGUCAAUCUGCGGCUACGGAGAGUCGAGACUUGAAGAGCCAACUCGAGUCUCAGCAGCGUGAGGCUGGGGCCCUCUCCAUCCAGCAUGCCGCUCUCAAGGAUUUGCUCGGUGAGCGUGGUAUAAACAGCGACACCAGACGGUCCCCGCGACUUGAUUCUCCCGGAUCGCGAUUCGGCACUCCGGAGCAGAGCCGUUUGCGUGAGCUUGAGCAGCAACUAUCGGCCAGCAUCAAGGCCCAUGAUGACCUCAAAAACAGCUUCGAGACUCGUGAGCAGGAAGCUGAUAAAACAUUCCGCGAAAAACUCGAGCAACUCGAGAAUGACUACCAGUCAGCUGUCCACUACGUGAAGGGCACAGAGAAGAUGCUCAAGCGCAUGAAGGACGAGUUAAGCCGUUACAAGACCCAGAAUGCGAAGUUGCAAUCUGAUCUUGAAGAGGCUCACAAGAAGUCCCUUGAGAACCCCGACGGCCAGGCAUCUGCAUCCUCAGACGAUUGGGAGACCGAACGGGCCAAUCUCCAGAAAUCGAUCUCGGACCUCCAGGAACGGACUUCAUCUUCCAUCACCAGUCUAGAGGCCCAGCUUGUGCACAUGAAGGAGGAUCUUGACCAGGCUGCAGCUGAAAAGGAGCUUUCGCAAGCCGAGUACAAGCGCCUCAAUCAAGAAUUCAUUGCUGCUACAGAGCAAAUUAAGCAAAGUCGUGACGAAUUGGAGCAACUUAAGCAAGAGAACACUCAUCUUGAGUCCCGUGCUUCGGAUGCAGAGAGCAAGGUCAACAUGCUCCUGGAGCAGGUGCAGACCUCCGUUGGCCAUUACCGCCGUCAAUCCCAGCACGGCCCAGGCACCAAUGGUAUCUCUCGUACCCACAGUAAUGCUUCUAGCAACACAGUCAGUGGAGGACACGGGAGGGCGCGAGCCGAUAGCAGUGUCUCGCAGGAAUCUACUUUCCCCGACAACCGUGGCUCCAUGGCUUUGGACUCCCUUGCCAACGAGCUCGACGCUCUACGUUCUCACUGGGAAAGCACAAACCGCAACUACCGCUUGAGCAGCCAGCUGGAUCUGGAGCGAACCCCAACCAAAAAUGAUAGUGAAGGGCCUGCAUUAAUGAGCGACAGUCUGGCAGAGUGGAGGAGGAGACUGGACGCGGAGGAACGGGUCGGUGUUCCUGUGAAUACCCAACCCUUGAGAACUAGUUCUGGACACCCCGAGGGCUCCAACGUGAUCUAA